ACGUAGGAGGGAACCAAGUACAUGUCCCAGUCAUUUCCAUAAUUCAUCAUAAAUUGUGCAAGGGUGCUAUAGACGCACAAAACGACCAAGAGCCACAAAUCAAGCACACAUAUCAAAAAACAAAUGAGCUCUUAUUUUGUAAACUCAUUUUGCGGUCGCUAUCCAAAUGGCCCGGACUACCAGUUACAUAAUUAUGGAGAUCACAGCUCGGUGAGCGAGCAAUACAGGGACUCCGGCAGCAUGCAUUCCGGCAGGUACGGAUACGGCUACAAUGGCAUGGACCUCAGCGUCGGGCGCUCUGCUUCCACCCACUUUGGUGCCAGUGAGAGAUCCCGCAGUUACCCGGCCAACAGCACCUCUGCCUCGACAGAGCCCAGGUACAACCAGCCCGCGACGUCUUCCCACUCGCCGCCACCUGACCCUCUGCCCUGCACCGCCGUGGCCGGUUCUCCUGUCAGCGAGAGUCACCACGGGGUGAAAAACUCCCUCGCCAACUCCACCAGCACUUCGUCCAAUUCCAGCAGCACCACGCACAUAAGCAGAGACGGGGUUGGCACCUCGUCUGGGACUGAGGAAGACACUCCAGCAAGCAGCGAGCAGGCAAGUGCCCCGACCGACCAAAGCACAGCCCAGCCUUCACAGCCCCAGAUCUACCCCUGGAUGCGAAAACUGCACAUAAGUCAUGACAACAUAGGGGGACCAGAAGGGAAAAGGGCUCGGACUGCUUACACCCGAUAUCAGACCUUGGAGCUGGAAAAGGAAUUUCACUUCAAUAGAUACCUGACCCGCAGAAGAAGGAUUGAAAUAGCACAUGCUCUUUGCCUCUCAGAGAGACAAAUAAAGAUCUGGUUCCAAAACAGGAGAAUGAAAUGGAAAAAGGAUAAUAAGCUGAAAAGUAUGAGCAUGGCAGCUGCAGGAGGGGCAUUCCGUCCCUAAGCUUUUGAUCAAUUAAAAGUACUGAGCAGUAUUAGCUGACCCUGCGUCUCAUGUCAGUACUAAGUUGACUUUCUAAAACUUCCUUGUGUUACUUCUGUGAAGAAACCCUGUUCUUGUCGCCCUUAUUCAUCUUUUAAUCAUGAGCCUGUUUAUUACCAUUCUCUCGCGUGUAU